CAACUUUACCGGGGUUUGCUUUGCUAUGCCUCCACAGUAACUCCACAGCUCAAACUUUGUUUAGAAAACCCAUAUAACAAAAAUGGCAGCCAAAAUAGCACCUAGGUGAACCAUUUUUGCUGAACAUCCGUCGUUUUCAGAGAAUAGGCCGAUUCUCUUCCAACUCGAUCCCUCUGUGUUUCCCUCAAAUACGAGUAGCUAAAAUGAUCUAUUGUGUAUAAUUUUGAACCUGAGUUGAUGGAUUGAUAUCAUUCAUUUGAUAUUUUUUAUUAUCUUUAUUGAUGCAAUCAUUUCAAUAUAAUUGUUCGUCGUUCUAUUACUAUCUUUUCUUAUGAUUGAUUGCUUGAAACCUAUAUUAUGUGUGAGACUGGACACGACUAUCUCAAUAGAUCACCAAUGAAUUGAACUAUCCCGAUUCCUCAAGAUAGAAGUAUGUAGCACUCAUCAUUGUCUAUUGGAUCUAAUAAACAUUAGCCAUAUUAUAGGAUGAAAACCACAUCAAUAAAUCUCUUGUAACUCCCAUGACUAUCUUACGAUCGCAUCUAGGGCCAGGGGUAGGGCACAAGCCCAAAACCUGUCGGCUGUUAAGCCCUCAAGCCGUUCGUGGAGUUUGUGGGCUAGCGCACAAACCUAAAACCAAGAAUACAAUAUAUUGGGUUGGAUCUUUUUAUUUGGGUCAAGGGUACAAGCCCAAAACCUUUCGGCCGUUAAGCCCUCACGAAAGCCUGCAAACCUACAGAAAAGUCGUAACUUUUGACCACACCAAAAGGAGCCCAAACGCUGACGUGGCCACAACCCAUUGGUACGCUCUGUUCAGAACUACCCAUCACUCCACCACCUAAACAGCAAUCGCCACUUGCAAACACAAAAAUUCCUCUUCCAGAAUAUAUUUUCACUUUUCCCAUUUCUUCUUUAUUCUCAAUCGGCCGGCGGUCGCCUGGAUCGAAAUCGCCGCCGCUCUUAAACCCUCGACGACUCUCUCCCCCGGCAGUUCUUUUCACUUCACUUUUCUUGUUCUUCACAACUCCCCACUUAUACCUUUCGUCUCACUCCAUGGAAUCCUUUUAGGAAUAGGUAAGAAAGAAAUAAUACCUUCCAGCGGAUCAGAAAAAAACCGAUCCGGCCAUGGAUUUCGUCGAGCUGGAAGCGACGGAAGGCCUGCGAUGGUCGUGGAACGCCUGGCCGACGACGAAAUCCGAUGCUGCUUCACUCGUAGUCCCACUCAGCAUCAUGUGCACGCCGUUGAUGCAGUCGUCGGAGCUCCCGAUUCUGCCCUACGAGCCUCUCCACUGCACUCGAUGCAACUCCGUGUUGAACCCUUACGCCAGGGUCGAUUACCAGACGCGCAUUUGGAGCUGCCCCUUCUGCUACCAUCGCAACACUUUCCCGAUUUCUUAUUCGGGCAUCGGCGAAUCGAAUCUCCCCGCGGAGCUAUUCCCGACCUACAGUGCCGUGGAGUACAAAAUCGACAAGAAAGAAGCGAAGAUCGGCACGAGCUCGCAGUUGAGUUACCGAUUGGCUCACGGAUUGCCUUCUUCCAAUGGGUCGCUCUCCUCGAUGGCGUCGUUGGGCUCUCCGAGGUUUGGGGCCGGUGGUGGUGGUGGAAGUGGCGGAGGCGGCGGUGAGUUCAGGAAGGUGGGGCCUGCUUUCGUCUUUGUAGUGGAUGCUAGCACGGCCGAGGAGGAGCUGAAAGCGAUUAAGACUGAGCUACUGUUGGUUGUGGAUCAGUUGCCGGAGAAUGCACUGGUGGGUUUGGUUGCGUUUGAUUCCAUGGUUAGGGUUAGUGAUCUGGGUUUCUCAGACUGCUCCAGGGCUGUGGUGUUUCAUGGUGGGCGUGAGCUCUCAUCAGAGCAGACUCAAAGAUUUCUGGGGUUACCCAUCAGAAAGCAACAGCAACUUGGUGUUAAUACGCCAAUCAUCCAAAAGCAGGGAUUUUUGCUUCCAGUGUCAGAAUGCGAGUUCAACAUAACAACUGCAAUUGAAGAAAUCUGUUCUUUAGAUGUUUGCAAGCCUGGUCAUCGGCCUCAAAGGUGCACUGGAACAGCAAUAGCUGUUGCUCUUGGACUCCUUGAAGGAUGUUGUGUGAAUACUGGAUCCAGGAUCAUGGUAUUCACAUCUGGACCUGCAACUUUAGGCCCGGGUGUCGUGGUUGACUCUGAUCUUGGGAGCAUGAUUAGGACUCACAGGGAUCUCAUCAGUGGCCAUGCCCCAUACUACAAAAGCUCUCUUAGUUUCUACAGCACUUUGUCUCAGCGGCUGUCCGAUGCAUCUGUUGUUCUUGAUUUAUUUGCUUGUUCUCUUGAUCAAGUAGGAGCAGCAGAACUCAAAUCCUCUGUGGAGAAAUCAGGUGGAUUCUUGCUCUUGAGUGAGUUAUUCGACUCCCAUGAGUUCAGAAAAUGCCUUCGCCACAUAUUCAUUCGCGAUGAAGACGGAAACCCAAAAAUGUACUUUGAUGGAACGAUCGAAAUAGUGACCACUAAAGAUGUAAAGGUCUGUGGAGCUCUUGGACCUUGUGUGUCUCUUGGGAGAAAGAAUGAUUUAGUAAGCGACCAUCAAAUAGGCGAAGGUGGAACCUAUUUGUGGAAGUUGGGUACACUAACCAAUAGGACAUGCAUAGCUUUCUUCUUUGAAGUGGGGAAUGAGCAGAAGGCCCAGCCAGGGUCAGCAUUCCUUAUUCAGUUCAUAAUCCGUUUUCGUCGUGGGAACUUGGGAAUCUAUGAAAGGGUCACAACAGCUGCAAGAAGAUGGGUUGGAAGUAAGUCUGCGGAAAUUAGUGCUGGUUUUGAUCAGGAAGCUGCUGCUGCUGUAAUGGCAAGACUGGCCAUCCACAGAGCAGAGAAAUUCCAUGCUAGAGAUGUCAUCAGAUGGCUUGAUGACAACCUCAUCAGUUUCGCUUCUCAGUUUGGAGACUAUAUUGAGGAAGAUCCAUCGUCAUUUCGGCUCUCGUCAAACUUCUCUCUCUACCCUCAGUUCAUGUACUAUCUGAGAAGAUCCCAGUUCAUAGAUGUUUUCAACUCGAGUCCUGAUGAGACGGCAUUCUUCCGCCUCAUGUUAAACCGAGAAGGGGUGGUGACUUCCCUCAUCAUGAUACAACCGACGCUGUUCCAGUACUCGUUCGAUGGGCCUCCUGUACCUGUUCUCCUGGAUGUUCGGUCCAUCUCUCCUGAUAUCAUCUUGCUGUUUGAUUCCUACUUCCAUGUUGUGAUACACUAUGGUUCGAACAUUGCCCAGUGGAAGAAGCUUGGAUACCAGAACGACCCCAGCCACGAGAAUCUGAGGAAGCUAUUGGAAGCCCCUGAGAUCGAUGCUGAGCAAUUGGUCGAGGAUCGAGUCCCGGUACCCAAGGUGAUAAAAUGUGACCAACACAGCAGUCAGGCUAGGUUUCUUCUGGCCAAGCUGAACCCAUCAGUGACUCAGGAUUCAAUGUACAAAGAAGGCUCGGAUGUUAUACUCACGGAUGAUUUCAGCUUGCAAGUGUUCAUUGAUCAUUUGCAGGCGCUGGCGGUAAAAGGUUAAGGAGCGUGUAAGGGUAAAAGCAUGAUUGUACAUAUCUUCUUGUGAUCUUUGAAAUAGAUGGGUAGCAGAAGGCAUUGUAUAGUACCUUGAAGAGGCCGACGCAGUUUUGGGGUUGAGAAUAGAUUUUAGUAACUUUGAUGGUAGUGGUCACCCUUCACAGGGUAUAUUUUGUUCGUUUGCUUUUGUAUUCAUCUUCAUGUCGGGAGUCUCGAACUCUCGGCAUAGUAAUAUUUAACACGGUGAGUCCUGUCACUCAGUUUUGUUUUGCAAUUAAACUAUCAUAGUUUGCAACUGGACGAAGAUCAUCUUCCACGACUACAAUGUUGUCAAAUCGGCGUAAACGGUUACGCUAGUUUAACAAGUGGUAUGAUUUAUCAAGGUACAAGUGGUUUAUAUGUCAGUCUAUUGUUUGAACAAAAUACUUGAGGAAACUGAAAAUUCAGUAUUACCAAAUGAGUUGUGCAUAUAUAUAUGGUGACUUCUACUGUGCCCAGGGCAAAAGCCGGGUACGGGUACUUUGGCCGAUCUUAACCGCUCGUUUUCAAUCUCCACGGCUCACGUUUGUUAAACCUAACUGCGCCACUAAAUAACUAAACAAAUUACAAAAAGCCUCCUCCGCGUUAAGUUUGUUUUCAUCCUAGUCCAACUAACUGCCCCGAUUAAAUUAAAUGGAUUAAG